AGGGAAAGAAAAACUUUUAUUUAUAAAUGGCGGCUGCCAACUCCAUAGUACAAUACGUAGUAGUUAGAGGAGAUCUUGCUUCUGUUUUAAAAUGGCCUACAGGUGCACUUAUAGCUCAAGCUUGCCAUGCAUGUACAGCAGUCAUUCAUCAAAACUAUAAAGACGAUGUCACACAAGAAUAUCUAAGUGAUUUGGAUCGAAUGCACAAAAUUAUUUUAGAGGCCAAGGAUGCUGAUGCACUGAACUUGCUAGCUGAAAACCUGAUUAAGAACAAUAUCAUUCACAAACUUUGGAUUGAACAGCCUGAGAAUAUUCCCACUUGCCUGGCUGUUAAGCCAUAUAGAAAAAAUGAUGUUUCAUCACAUUUUAAGGCAUUCAAAUUAUACAAAUAGUCUGUUAGUUUUAUGAUAAUUCUUUUACUCUAUUUCAAGUGUGUACUUUUUUAUUUAGUAAUUCUUGAUACAUGUUUUGACUGUAUGAUUUGAAAUCUAAAUAAUUAUUUAUAUUUGUUAAUUAAUUAUAUUUGUAAUAUGAAUAUGGAUGCACUUGAAGAGCACAGAAUGUAAGAAAUUUAAGAAAUGUAAGAAUUUUAAGAAGUGAAGAAUAUAUUUUGUUCUUUUCAUCAUUGUAAUUUAUUUAGUUGUGUCUUUUUAUUCAAAUUCCUAUGCACCAAUGUUAGAAUGGGAAACUUCGUAAUGUGAAAUAGAUUGUAAAAAUAAAUAUAUCACAAUUUCAAAAAAGAAAGAAUAUGUCAUAUGUCGAAGUAAUUUCUAGAAUAGAAAACAUAUUUAUGAUAAUUGAAUUUGGUUAGAGUAUUUCUUCAGCACAUAUAAUUUUUAUUCUUGUGCUUUACAAUUGUAAUAAAUUAAUACAGUAAUUUGGUGAUUGGUAGUUCUUUAAAUUUUAUUCAAUAAUCAACAAGUUUAACAAAAAAAAUGUCAAUUUAUCAAUUCCGCAAUUUAUUUUGAUUUACUUUACUUAAUGCCUGUUCACUUGAUUGUUAUUAGAUAAAAAGUAAAGUUCCCCUUUCAGAUCUUGCGAUUGAUAGGGCAAAUGAUGUUAAGAUCAUAUGUUUCUUUGGCCAACAGUUAACAAGGAGGGUGUCAUGUGGCCAGCACAACAACCAACAGGCUUUACUUUCCUUAACUAAAGUCAGGUACUCAUUAGGGUUGGGUAAACUCAGGAGCGCCCUAAAAAUCCUGAAUUUCGAAAUCCCAGUCCUCACCGAGAUUGCAAUCCAGAACCCUAGGUUUGGAAGCACUUAACCACUCAUCCACUGCUACCCCUUGUUAAUAGAAAGUGCAGGCAAAAUUUAUUGCCUUGUAAUUGUGGCUAGUAACUUAAGACACCUUUUGACCACAAGCUUGUUAUGAAAGUUAAAGGCAUAUUUUUAGCUAAAUUUUAUUUAUUUUUUAAAUGAAUCCUUGUAUAAUUUUUUUUUAAAACCUAAAUUUAAAUGAUGCUGGAGAUUGAAUAUGAAUAUAUGUUGUGGACUGAUAUAAUAUUUUUGUUUUAGAGCCAACAUGAUUUUGGUGAAACAUUUUAUAAAGGUUAUUACUAUUUCAAUUAUUUUAUGUUUAGUAAUUUUUCAUGAAAAAAUGAAAGAAUGAAAAAAAAAGUUCUCUCAUGAUGAAAUGUUAAAUAUAAUUUAGAUCAAUAUUUAAAUAACUUUAAGCAAUAUAAUGUUACAAGUCAUUUUCCAAUAUUUCUGGUACCACCUGAAAUAAGUGGGUUAACAUCUCAGGGGACGCUACUGAGUCAGUCAAUUUUUUAUUAAUGAUUGUUUCCCUUCCCACAUGUCUAGUGAAAACGAUAAGAAUUUUUUUUUUUUUUUUUCAUAGGAGAUAUUGUAAAUGUGCUCAGAAUCUAUUUAUCGGUAAUAAGAUAUAAUUAAAGGAUUUGGUACACA